AUGAGGUGGGUGGCUGUGGUAUAUGUGCCCAGCGUCGUCGAGGACUCAACUCAGUCACCGCAGCUUCUGUCUAAUUACAUCGGAGACGUGAAUCUGAAGGCUGCCACUCAAGCCAUCGCCACUAUUAAUUCCAAACCUGGAGUUGGCCCGUGCGUUCGGGGCCUCAUCAUCAGUUCAUGUGGAUCAACCGGGAGGGUCGCCAAAAGCGUCGAGUUGUUGAAGUGCUUGGUCGAGCGGGAUAUAUUCGAUUUCGUUCUCACGUUUGCUGGCGUAUACACCAUGGACACCAUCGUAGUGCCUGCUUUGAACCGGUUCGUGGAAAACGUGUAUGUAUAUGACAUGAAGAUAUGGAAUGCGCUGGAGGAAUCAUUCGGGGAGGACAGACACGCGCUCAACCAGUCACCGGUGAUGCUCUCGUUCGCAGACAUUCGCACGGGCCCAAAUAAUGAGCGAGAACGUGUGGUCGAUACCAGGGUGCUCGCGUACUCGAACCUCAAGGACGGGAGGCCUUGGGGCCUUGACAUGUUCCGAUGUUUCAACAAAGAAUGCCAAGCCUCAUCAUACAACAUGAUCUUUCAUCCGCACGGAAAGCAAUAUUAUGGCAAGCGCUGGGUGGAGGCCAAGAUCAAAUAUUCAUGCCUUCAAUGCAAAACCACGCAAAAGGGCAUCCCAUGUCCAACUUGGAUCCAUGGCGGUCGGUCUCAGAACUAUGGACGUGUUUGGUACAGGUGGCCAUUGACUCCGGAGCAACAACGCGAUAUCGGUAUCAUGCCAUGA